GUGAGUGGAUAGUCACUACCGACUUGUAAGUGGGUUGGGUGGGUGGCUCUCUCUCUCUCUCUCCCUCUCUCUGGCCAUUGAGAGGGAAAAGCGACCUGGCAGUCAUUGGUCUUGCACUGCAACCCACACGACCGGUAACAAGUGGCGAACAUUCCCCGGCUGGGUGCAGAACCGACACGCGGAUAAACAUUGGCUUUCAAAUAACCCAGUCCCCAUCAGGUCCCGUCUGCGGAGCUUCAUAUGAAACGUGUAGACCAAUGCAGCCUUUAAAGUUCCACUAACGGUGAUUUAGCUGUUAUUUGUUGUUGUGUCGGCAAGCCAGUAAGUGAGCAAGCCGACACGCCAGACGAUCCACGUGCAAGAUUUCACAAAGCAGAAACAUAGGUGCGCACGGCAGGGCAACGUUUGCGUUAUCACAGCGAGUAUGGGCUGGCACGCGACAGUGAAGUGGAAGACUAAAAGAUGGGACUCGGCUUUGAGUUUGAUCUCGGCGAUGUGCGUCCUGCAACACGCGUGGCCGGCACAUGCAGCGGACACGGUGGACGUGCUGCGAGUGCUGGAUCUGCACAACGCCCAGGAGGGAGUCGCCAAAACAGCGGGGCUCUGCACAAGCCGCCCGCGCUCCGAGCGGGGAGACGUCGCCUUCCGCAUCGCCAAGAUGGCCCAGAUCAGCGCGCCCACCCGACAGCUCUUCCCAGACGGCCAGUUUCCCCAAGACUUCUCCAUCCUGGCCACGGUAAAGCCCAGGAAGGGUCUGCAGGCCUUCCUGAUGUCCGUCUACAACGAGCAGGGCAUGCAACAGCUGGGCUUCGAGGUCGGACGCUCUCCCGUCUUUCUGUAUGAGGACCACACGGGAAAGCCCGUUCCAGAGGAAUACCCACUCUUCAAGGGCAUCAAUCUCGCCGACGGAAAGUGGCACCGCGUCGCUCUGAGCGUGGAAGGGAAGAGCGUCACGCUCAUCCUGGACUGCAAGCGCAAGAUGACACGGCCACUCCCGCGGAGCGACAACCCCGUCAUCGACGUCAACGGCAUCACCGUGUUCGGGACGCGCCUUGCCGACGACGAGGUCUUCGAGGGAGACAUCCAACAGCUGCUGUUUGUGGCCGACCCACGCGCCGCCUUCGACUACUGUAGUCACUACAGCCCGGACUGCGACCAGCCCCUGCCAGAGCUGCCCCAGUCCCAGGAUCCAGACCUUGACGAGUACAGCGAUGGAGGGUCGCCCGCCUAUGACUAUGAUUACACACACUCGCUCAAUAACCACACCGGGUUUGGGCCGCCGGAGGGCCUACAACCUACGGCAGGCAGCCCAAGCGGGCCUGGACAGGAGCCCACCGGCGCGGAGGCGGAAGGCCCGAGCGAGGGCGAGAAGGAGGACCCCUCGAAGUACUACACGAUGACGGACUAUGACAACACCCUGACCGAGGACGUGGUGCCGGAGAGCCCCGAGCCCUCCGUGUCAACGGUCUACGCCGUGGACAGCAACUUCACAGAGGGCGACAAUGACGAGUUCACUGAAGAGUACGUGACGGGCGAGGACAACUUCCUGGACAAGGAGACGCAGGACUACGGGGACAAGGAGUACCUGGACUACGAUUAUGAGGACAAGUCGGCAGCCGGGGCGGCCGGGGGGGCCGGGUCGGAAGAGCGCGGCGAGGGGGAGAGAGAGGGAGCGCAGAGCCGAGAAUACGGCCCAGCCCUUUCCGGAGACGCCAACUCAGGGGGCGGUGGAAUCAAGGGUGAGAAGGGAGAGAAAGGCGAGCCUGCCAUCAUUGAGCCAGGCAUGUUGCUGAUGGGGCCCCCCGGCUACGAAGGCCCUGCCGGACCGGCCGGCCCACCUGGGCUUCAAGGACCUUCAGGCCCCAGAGGCGACCCCGGUGAAAGGGGGCCCUCUGGUCGACCAGGUCUGCCGGGAGCUGACGGGUUACCUGGGCCCCCUGGAACGAUGCUCAUGCUGCCCUUUCGUUUUGGCAGCGACCCAGAUGGCAAAGGGCCGGCUGUCUCAGCCCAAGAAGCUCAAGCCCAGGCGAUCUUGCAGCAGGCACGGCUUGCCAUGCGUGGCUCUCCUGGUCCAAUGGGCUUGACGGGAAGGACAGGCCCUGUGGGUUUGCCAGGUGGGUCGGGAUUGAAGGGAGAAGCUGGAGAUCAUGGACCUCAGGGCCCAAGAGGAUCACAGGGUUCACCAGGACCUGCAGGAAAAGCUGGAAAGAGGGGCCGAGCAGGUGCUGAUGGAUCAAGAGGCCUUCCUGGAGAAAAUGGCAUUAAGGGCGACCGAGGAUUCGAUGGCCUGCCCGGGCUUCCUGGAGAAAAGGGCAACCGAGGAGACGUGGGCCCACCCGGACCUCUGGGAAUAGCUGGAGAGGAUGGCGAGAAGGGCUCGGAUGGUGAAGUUGGACCACGAGGGAUGCCAGGGGAACCUGGACCGCGGGGUCUGUUAGGACCCAGGGGACCUCCAGGGGUGUCGGGGUUGCCCGGUCCCCGUGGGACUGACGGCCCUCCAGGAGCGAAAGGAAAUUUGGGUCCACAGGGUGAACCUGGGCCCAAUGGACAGCAAGGGAACCCAGGUACCCAGGGCUUGCCUGGGCCACAAGGCCCUAUCGGACCUCCGGGAGAAAAAGGCCCACAGGGCAAGCCAGGACUAUCGGGUCUCCCUGGGGCUGACGGACCUCCGGGUCACCCAGGGAAAGAAGGCCAGCCCGGCGAGAAGGGAACUCCGGGUCCUGCCGGUCCUCAGGGUCCAAUAGGCUAUCCCGGUCCGCGAGGUUCAAAGGGUGCGGACGGCUCGCGUGGACUCAAAGGAGGCAAAGGCGAAAAGGGAGAAGAUGGAUUCCCAGGAUUUAAAGGGGACAUUGGGAUUAAAGGUGACAGGGGCGAGAACGGACCAGCGGGCCCUCGCGGAGAAGAUGGGCCAGAGGGCCCCAAGGGGCGCAUUGGGCCCACGGGAGACCAUGGGCCCGGGGGCCCAUCUGGCGAGAAGGGUAAGCUUGGAGUACCCGGAUUACCAGGCUAUCCUGGCAGGCAAGGGCCAAAGGGCUCCACCGGUUUCCCAGGAUUCCCUGGGGCGAACGGAGAGAAGGGUGCCAGGGGCCCAGCAGGAAAACUAGGACUGGGUGGACAACGAGGACCUGGAGGACCCAGGGGUGAGAGAGGACAAAGAGGACCGACGGGGAAGGCCGGCCCCAAGGGCAGCUCUGGUGGAGAUGGACCACCAGGACCACCUGGUGAGAGGGGUUUACAAGGAGCACAAGGACCUAAUGGAUUCCUUGGACCUAAAGGACCAGCCGGUCCUUCUGGCAAAGACGGCUUGCCGGGACAUCCUGGUCAAAGAGGAGAAACUGGCUUUCAAGGGAAGACCGGCCCUCCCGGGCCAGCCGGCGUUGUGGGACCUCAGGGCCCCACGGGCGAGACGGGGCCCGUGGGGGAGCGAGGGCACCCAGGGUCUCCAGGACCACCCGGUGAACAGGGUUUGCCUGGGUCAGCCGGCAAAGAAGGAGCAAAGGGAGACCCUGGACCUGCAGGCUCGGCGGGCAAAGAUGGUCCUCCUGGUCUGCGUGGAUUCCCCGGAGAGAGAGGCAUGCCAGGACCAGCCGGAGCAGCCGGCUUGAAAGGCAACGAAGGGCCGGCUGGUGUCCCUGGCCCAGCGGGUUCGCCAGGCGAGAGAGGAAUCCAGGGGACGGCCGGUCCUGUCGGAUUGCCUGGAAGACCGGGUCCACAAGGGCCCCCUGGCGCGGCUGGGGAAAAGGGUGCCCCUGGCGAGAAAGGAGUGCAGGGUCCGUCGGGCCGAGAUGGCAUCCAAGGGCCCGUGGGAUUACCUGGGCCAGGUGGGCCCCCAGGUGCUCCCGGAGAGGAUGGUGACAAGGGUGAAGGUGGCCUGCCUGGUCAGAAGGGCAGCAAAGGUGACAAGGGAGAACAUGGUCCAUCAGGGCCCCCUGGACCACAGGGUCCCAUCGGACAGCCAGGCCCUCCUGGUGCCGAUGGUGAGCCUGGGCCACGUGGGCAGCAGGGCAUGUAUGGACCCAAGGGCGACGAUGGGACGCGCGGCUUCCCCGGAUCCAGCGGCCCCAUCGGCCUGCAGGGUCUGCCCGGCACUCCUGGAGAGAAAGGUGAAACGGGAGAUGGUGGCCCCAUGGGUCCACCAGGUCCUCCAGGGCCCAGAGGUCCUCCUGGCGCAAGCGGCGCCGAUGGCCCACAAGGUUCUCCUGGAUCGAUCGGCUCGCUUGGCGCGGUCGGAGAAAAGGGCGACUCUGGAGAGGCAGGCGACCCUGGGUUUCCCGGAGAGCCAGGCCCUGGGGGCCCGAAAGGAGAGCACGGGGAGAAGGGAGAGUCGGGGCCUCCAGGAACGGCCGGCCCUGCCGGUGCCAAGGGACCCGUGGGAGAAGAUGGACCAAAGGGAAACCCUGGCCCUGUUGGAUUUCCUGGUGACCCAGGACCUCCCGGCGAGGCUGGUCCAUCCGGCCAGGACGGAUCUCCCGGUGACAAAGGUGAAGAUGGGGAAGCUGGAACAGCUGGAUCGCCUGGACCAGUUGGUGAAGUUGGACCCCCAGGACCACCAGGAAAGAGGGGGCAAGCUGGACAACGAGGACCGGAAGGAAGACAAGGAGAGAAGGGAGCAAAGGGCGACCACGGGAUGGAAGGGCCAGCCGGAAAAACAGGCCCAGUCGGUGCCCAAGGGCUUCCGGGAAAACCUGGAUCGGAGGGACUGCGCGGCAUCCCAGGGUCUGUGGGUGAUCAAGGUAUGCCAGGAUCUCCUGGGGAGGUUGGCCCUCCUGGACCCAUGGGACCUCCAGGUUUACCUGGGUUGAAGGGAGAUCCUGGUCCGAAAGGAGACAAGGGCCACCCGGGCCUCAUUGGCCUGAUCGGGCCUCCUGGAGAGCAGGGAGAAAAGGGGGACCGUGGCCUCCCAGGCCCCCCGGGAUCCUUCGGGCCAAAGGGUGACCAAGGCAUCAAUGGGCCGUCUGGCCCUUAUGGACCAGCUGGUCCUCCUGGUCUCCCAGGUCCCCAAGGCCCCAAGGGAUCAAAAGGUUCCAUGGGCCCUGGAGGACCCAAGGGAGAUAUGGGACCCCCAGGCACCCCUGGCCCUCCUGGCCCUCCGGGCGACGUCAUCCAGCCCUUUCCGAUUCAAACGCCGCGGAAGAGCCGGCGGCAGAUCGACGGCAUGCAGGCGGACGAGGGGGAAAACGCCGUGGACUACCCGGACGGCAUGGAGGAGAUCUUCGGCUCCAUCAGCUCGCUCAAGCGGGAGAUCGAGCUCAUCAAGCACCCGACGGGCGCGCAGAGCAGCCCGGGCCGCACCUGCAAGGACCUGCAGCUCAGCCAACAUGACCUCCCCGAUGGUGAAUACUACAUCGACCCCAAUCAGGGCUGCAGUGCAGACUCGUUCCGCGUUUACUGCAACUUCACGGCCGGCGGAGAGACCUGCAUCUACCCUGACAAGAAAUCAGAGGGGGCCCGAUUAUCGGCCUGGUCCAAGGAGACGCCGGGGACCUGGUACAGCGAAUACAAACGCGGCAAGCAGUUCUCCUACGUCGACCUGGACGGGCAGGGGAUCGGCACAGUGCAGAUGACCUUCCUGCGGCUGCUGAGCUCGGCGGCGCGCCAGAACUUCACGUACAACUGCCACCACUCGGUGGGCUGGCUGGACGAGGCAGAGGGCAGCUACGCCCGUGCGCUGCGCUUCAUGGGAGCGAACGAGCAGGAGAUGGAGCGAGGCGGAUCGCCGCACAUCCGCACACUUUACGACGGGUGCUCGAUGAGGAGAGGUUACGAGAAGACCGUACUUGAAAUUCACACGCACAAGGUGCAGCAGAUGCCAAUUGUGGACGUCCUGGUGAGUGACUUUGGGGAUCCCCACCAGAAGUUUGGCUUUGAGGUGGGCCCAGUCUGCUUCAAGGGCUGAGGUGACCCACCCACCUGCUCCUUAGCAAGCGCCGAACACACUGAACUGUUGACCCACCAGCGACAGAAAGAUUCCAAAAAAAAAACAAAAAACUAACGAGCAAAUAUAAAAAUGUCGUUGUGCGCUGUCAUCUCUCGAGGUCGAAGGGGCGAAGCAGCCGUGUGGCUUUACACUGCAGGUCGUGUCGUGGUGAGGCGGUUUCAGAGAUUAACAAAACGGUGAGCGCAAGUGAUUGACCACAACUGUGGGCUCUUUGUAGUGAAUUAAAUAGUGGCUCCGAUAAAUACGUACAAAAAUAAUCCUGUGAACAGUUCCCAUGACAUGCGUCUGUUUUGUUGCUGGAAUUAGCACAGAGUGAUAUUUUCUUUUCAAAAGAUGUUACAAGUAAAAUCAGGCUCAACUAAAAUUGCUAGGGCACGUUAAAUGGACCUACCUUUGACAUUCCAAAGUUAAAAUAAAAUCCCGAAUCACGAACAGCUUCCCUGAAAGGUGACGAUUUUGGUGUCUCUCCAAAAGGCAUAUUAGCCAUAAGCAGGAAGGAGAAUAGUCAUUGUGACGUUGGGAAAUACAUUACAAUGUUCUGGUCAUUUUUUAUGUUUUCGGUCUGUGAAACUUGUUGGUGCUUCAGUCUGUUGGGCCAUGAGCUGUGGGAUGUGAUGUUGAGCAAGCGUUGCGGUAUUUGAGCAACGUGGAAGCUGCGUUGUGUAAAUGCCUCCCCCCCAACGUUAAAGGUCUCUAUGACGGCCACAUAGUCAGUGCCACAGUUCAAUCGAACCGCUGAAAUAUUCGAUUUUUAUUAAAGCGUCCGAGCCUAAUACAGUACGCAUUUUUCUGGAAUGAUUUUUUUAAUUUUAUUCUUAAAGUAGCUGAUAUUGCAGUUUAUAUAUCGCUUCAGUACACUUUGAAAGACAUAAUCUGUAAUGUAAUCUAAACGGCUGUUACACCAGUUUGAAACCGAAUGACAAAGCUAUAAAAACUUAUUGGAGGGAGAGCUUUGCAAUAAAGCAGGCAUCGUUUGACAUGGCACAAUAGUUAUUGCUAUGCAAGCUGGGUGAAACUAAUAUUUUUCUCACAAUGUGGUGAUCUGAUGUAUUAUAGAGCACAGUUUAGUGUGCAUGGCAUUUUAAAGACGAUAUAUAAUUUCUGUAAGAAGAUUAACAUACCAUUUAA